GGGGCAAGGCGGGACUGGCGCUCUGACAGCACUGCGGCGCGCCGGAAGCAAUCCUGGCCACAGCGCGGCGGAGUGGCGGCCGGGGCUGCGGGACCUGCGCCACCAUGCCGGUCACCGGGAAGACUUUCCGUCGGCGCCGAGCCGACUCGGAGUCGGAGGAAGAUGAGCAGGACUCAGAGGAGGUUCGAUUAAAACUAGAAGAGACCAGAGAGGUGCAAAACUUGAGGAAAAGGCCCAACGGGGUGAGUGCUGUGGCCCUGCUGGUGGGAGAGAAGGUACAAGAAGAGACCACGCUAGUGGAUGAUCCCUUUCAAAUGAAGACAGGUGGUAUGGUGGAUAUGAAGAAACUGAAGGAAAGGGGCAAAGAUAAGAUCAGCGAAGAGGAAGACCUUCACCUGGGGACUUCAUUUUCUGCAGAAACCAACCGAAGGGAUGAGGAUGCAGACAUGAUGAAGUACAUCGAGACAGAGCUAAAGAAGAGGAAAGGGAUCGUGGAACAUGAGGAGCAGAAAGUCAAGCCGAAGAAUGCAGAGGACUGUCUUUAUGAACUUCCAGAAAACAUUCGUGUUUCCUCGGCAAAGAAGACUGAGGAGAUGCUUUCCAACCAGAUGCUGAGUGGCAUCCCUGAGGUGGACCUCGGCAUUGAUGCUAAAAUAAAAAAUAUCAUUUCCACGGAGGAUGCCAAGGCCCGUCUGCUGGCGGAGCAGCAAAACAAGAAGAAAGACAGCGAGACAUCCUUUGUGCCCACCAACAUGGCAGUGAACUACGUGCAGCACAACCGCUUUUAUCAUGAGGAGCUCAACGCUCCCAUACGGAGAAACAAAGAAGAGCCCAAAGCCCGACCUUUGCGAGUGGGUGACACAGAGAAGCCAGAGCCUGAGCGGUCCCCUCCUAACCGCAAGCGCCCUGCUAAUGAGAAGGCCACUGACGACUAUCACUAUGAAAAGUUCAAGAAGAUGAACAGGCGGUACUGAGACAUGCAGACUGGGAUGUAAAUAGCGCCUUUGUCUCCCUCCCUUUCAGGAAAGGCUUCCUGGACAGAAGCCUGCUCAUUUGCUACCAGGCAGUUCCAAAAACAGACUCUAAUUGGUCUGGCUGCUUACCUGCUGGAUUUCCCAAGCACUAAAUUUGUAACUUUUAAACAAAACAGUGUGUAGUUUUCCUAUUUGGGGGCAAAGUGUAUGGCGAGAAUUAUUAAAACUUGUUUGUAAAUA